CACUGAACAGGCUCCUCUGGCUACUGACAACGGUAUGCAGAGGGUGACUGGCAUCAUCCAGGAUGCUCACUAGUUUUUCCACAUUAGCACACAGCACUGCAGAACAAGAACGUGAACGGAUGCAAAAUGGACAUAAGAAACUUUUUCAAGAAAGAGUCAGGGCAGAGGAGCACAGAAAGUGAGAGAGGAGAGGCCUCUACUGGAAAGGUGGCACCACCACGCCACCCUCAGCCUGCAAUCCUCACUGCCCCGGUGCUGCCUGACCUGCGCCCUUUGAGCAUGACAGGACAAACUGUGGGGGGCAUCAAGGGUGGCAGCACAGAGCAGGGGCCGCACACCGGGUCUCUGUGUUGUGACGAGGCCGCCACCAUCUUGACCCGAAACCUGCUGGGUUGUGGCGUUGCCCUCAAGCAUAAAGACAACAUUGAACUUAAUAGCAGCUGUGAAGAACGCCAUAAUCGACACUUCACUCCCAGCCAGGAGAAAGUCGAGGGCUACCGGGAAAAGCGGCGGAAAAACAACGAAGCAGCCAAGCGUUCCCGGGAGAAACGGCGUGCCAAUGACACGGUGUUAGAGAUGCGCGUCCUGAGCCUGCUGGAGGAGAACGCCCGUCUGAGAGCCGAGCAUCUUCCCUAUCUGAAUCGCUUCCAAUGCCCUCUAGUCCUUCACUUUCCUCAUCCACAAAUCUUUGAUCCUCGCUCAAAUUAAUGGGGAAAUCGUCGCUCUCGCUGCUGCUGGCCAUGAUUGUAAACAAUUUGCAGAUGUGAGGAGCUCCACAACCUGUGACGUCACGCUACUUCCGGUACAGGCAAAGCUUUUUUUAUCAGCGACCAAAAGUUGCAAACUUUAUCGUCGAUGUUCUCUACUAAAUCCUUUCAGCAAAAAUAUGGCAAUAUCGCGAAAUGAUCAAGUAUGACACAUAGAAUAGACCUGCUAUUCCCAUUUAAAUAAGAACAUCUCAUUUCAGUAGGCCUUUAAGUCCCAUCUUAAAACUCAUUUGUAUACUCUAGCCUUUAAAUAGACCACCCUUUUAGACCAGUUUAUCUGCCGUCUCUUUUCUGCUCUGCCCCCUCUCCUAUGUGGAGUGGUUAUGUAGUGACCACAGAUGAUGCGCUAGCUGUUCUAAGUCGGGA